AUGGUCUACUUUUCUCAAAUCUCCCGCGUUGACUCCUGGGGAUACGUGAUUGUUUUGAGCAAGUUCGUUAUCCUUUUUAUUGACACCGGAAUAGAGAAGUCGUUUGGCGUCCUUAUUCCCACCUUAGUUGAGCGCCUGGAUUCCGACUAUGCAACGAUUGGGUUGAUAUGCAGUAUGCAUUCAACGAUGAUGUAUCUUGCAUGUCCUUUUGUAACGCUCGCUCUUCGGAGAGUCAGUCAUCGCUCUGUUGCUAUGCCGGGUGGCUUGUUGUCAGCGUUGUGUUUUAUUGCAUGCGCUUUCCUGAAAUCCACAGUUACUGUAGGCAUCUGCCUCGCCCUCUCAGGUGUUGGAAUGGCAAUGACGUACUUGCCUACAAUCCUUGCACUGAAUGAUUUCUUCAAAGACAAAUUUGUUUUAUGGAGUACAGUUGCGUCAUAUGGCUACACAUCAGGAUCAUUGCUGCUCCCUAUCUUAACUGAAAGGUCACUUCCGGCGUACGGAUACCAGGGUGAAUUCAUCAUCUUUGGCGGUGUAGCUCUUCACCUUCUCGUUUGUGGAGCAACGCUUCGGAAGGCGACCGAUAGGUCUGUAAGUGGCACAAGUGAACGUGGAGGUCGCGAUCAAGAGAAGAGCCACAUAGAGGUUACGUCUCAUCAGCGGGAUGAGAAGGUUGAGGCAAGGGACGUCUCGCUAUUAGAGUGGGUGGACAAGGAACAAGAAGAUGAGAAUUGUGAGGAGACGUUACCAGAGAAAAGGUGUUUGAUUCAGCAGGAGACCAACGUUCAAAGAAACCAGAAAACCUUACCGAAUGACUCUCCAGGAGAUUGUGGAAUCUUUAAUGAAUGGAUCUUUCUUUUAUCACUCGCGACUCUAUUCUUGUUUCCUUACGCAACAUACGCAUGGAUGUUGUUUUUGGUACCCCAUGCUGAACAUCUAGGUAUUUCUCCUUCCAAUGCCGUUUACCUCUCUACUUUAGGUGGAAUAGGUGGCAUACUCGGUCGGACUACCUUGAUCACCCUCAUCAGCAAAGGAGUCAGUGACCUGUCCGUGUACAUCGUGGUAGGUUCAAUCUGCUCUGGGUCGUUCUUCCUGGAUUUCAUCAUUUCUGCUUAUCCUGUCCGCGCUACCCUGGCAUUUAUCCAAGGGUUUUCCUUCUUUAUCGAGGAUUCUGUGUUAACCAGUCUAUGUAAAGCAGCAAUUUUUCACGAGAAAAAUUUCGACAUGGCCGUGGCGAUUGCUAACUUCACGGGUGGGCUAGGCAUAUCCUGCGCAGGAAUAUUCACAGAUUAUCUGAUUGAUGUUACCGAGUCAUUCACGAAGGUCUUUAUCAUCAUCGGUGCCAUUCACGCCAUUGCGGUCAUCGAUCUCAUAAUCGUAUGCUUUCUUAUCAAAAGACGACAAAAGGACAUUCAAACAAAAUAGUGUUUGUGUCAAAAGUGUGCUUUAAAGGCCACCGCACACCUUACGACCCGACUGGUAGGCGACUGGCUUGCGACUGAGUGAGGGGAGAUGAAUCG